UUCCGCUGGGUGUGUUUUUGGGAGAGCGUGGCGAUGAAAACCCCCGAUCUGCCGGAAUACUGACGCCAGUAAACUUCGUGCACACGGUGUCCCCUGCCCUCUCUCUCUCUCUCUCUCUCUCUCUGCGUGUGUCUCUGCGGGUGUCUCUGUGUGUGUGCUUGUGAAGGCACUGGCGGUGAGGAGUCCGGAGGAAACAUGUGUUUUACAUUUCUGCCUGCUUGUUUUGGUGCAAUCAGCUCCUCCGCGAGAAACAUUGAUUCGGGCGGCGAUUGCAAUACAGUCAUGCACAGGGAAUGCUGUUGCCUUGGGUUGGUAUGCGAAGUGAGCACAAACCAGAGAGACCUCGGCUCCGUCAAGGCGGGGGUUCCUGGUCCCCGAAAACUUCAGGAUGGGCGUAGCGGGCGCCCUCGCCGACCCGCCCACGGGAACACGGGCUCUCUCCGGGGUGGAGUGAGUUUCCAGCAGAGCAUCCGCCAGAGCGUCGGACCCUUGGACGGCCCUCCUGGGCUCGGUGAGGAAAUAGCGGUCCGGAGACAGGAAGAGGGGGACGUUAUCCCGCGGAGGAAUAACUGGCGAGAUCGAGCGAUGAUGAAGUUAAACUUCUGUUUCUUCUUCUGCCGGGGAUGGUGGGCGUUUCUCCUGCUUCAGCUCCACAUGUUGCAAGCCCUGGCGCAAGAUGAUGUUGCACCCUAUUUCAAGACAGAACCAGGUUUGCCUCAGAUUCACCUGGAAGGGAACCGUCUCGUGCUCACAUGCUUGGCAGAAGGGAGUUGGCCUUUGGAGUUUAAGUGGCUGCAUAAUGACGUGGAAGCCACUGCCUUCUCCAGUGAAUACAAGUAUGUUAUUCCAUCCUUGCAAAGAUCUGAUGCUGGUUUUUAUCAGUGCGUUGUGAGGAACAGAAUGGGGGCACUCAUGCAAAGAAAAUCAGAAGUUCAAGUGGCAUACAUGGGGAAUUUCCAAGAUGUCGACCAGAGGAAAACAGUGUCUGAAGGGCAAGCCACGGUACUAAACUUCCCGGACAUCUCAAGCUUCCCCAGACCACAAGUGACUUGGUUUAGAGAUGGGCACAAGAUUAUACCGAGCAGCAGAAUAGCCAUCACACUGGAAAAUCAGUUGGUCCUCCUUGCAACAUCAGCAGCAGACGCUGGGUCUUACUACGUCCAGGCAGUCAACGAAAAAAAUGGAGAGAACAAGACAAGUCCGUUUAUUUACCUGAGCGUGACGAGUGCCGACACCUCCUCCGCCGCCAUGGCUCCUGUGAUCGUAAUUCCUCCAUGUAAUACCAGCGCGGUGGCCGGAAGUAACGAAGCCGUCCUGGAAUGCGUGGUUGAUGGCAGGCCCACUGAGAAAUUAAGUGUAGCCUGGAAGAGGAACGGAAUCAAAAUAACCAGCGGAGUUAGCAGUUUUGGGAGACGUCUCACUAUUGCCAACCCAACCUCUGCUGACAUUGGAAUGUACCUUUGUGAGGCGCAGUUGAAAGACGGCCCUGCUGAGCCGGAGAGAGCCAAAGCUUUCCUCUCUAUCCUGGAGCCGCCGUAUUUUACCGUUGAACCUGACAGCCGGAUCUUGGCUGAAGUGGAGAAGACGGUGCACCUCCGUUGCCAGGCGAUGGGUGCCCCGCCACCUACUUUGGCUUGGUAUAAAGAUGCCGUUCCUGUCCACACACUCCUGAAUCCACGUUACAAAGUUCUGCUCAACGGGAGUCUUCAGAUCCAGGGAGUGCAACCUGAAGAUUCUGGCAUCUUUCAAUGUUUUGCAAAGAAUGAGGCUGGGGAGAUGCAGAGCCGCACCGUCCUGGACGUUACUAAUAUUGCACCCACCUUUUCCCAGCCACCAGCGGAUACCACGGUUACCGAAGGGAUGACCGCGGUUUUAAGAUGCGAUGUUUCCGGAGCACCGAAGCCUGCCAUUGCAUGGAAAAGGGGGAACCAGAUUCUGGCCAGCGGGUCCGUUCAGAUUCCCAGAUUCCUUCUCCUCGAGUCUGGAGGGCUCCAGAUCACACCGGCCUUCGUGCAAGACGCUGGCAACUAUUCCUGCUGGGCAGUCAACUCCAGAGGGAUCCUGCACGCAUCUGCUGCCCUCACCGUAUGGAAUCGCACUUAUAUCGUCCGCCCUCCUGAGGACAGCACUGUUAUUAAGGGAACAACAGCGAUGCUGCGGUGUGAAGCUGCUCAUGACCCAAGAAUUUCAAUCAGGUAUGUUUGGAAGAAGGACAACGUUAUCAUAAAUCCAUCUAGCAGCUCCCGAAUCGCCAUUGAGAAAGAUGGCACCCUUAUAAUUAGCCAGACGUGGUCCGGUGACAUCGGGGACUACACGUGCGAAGUGACUUCCUUUGGAGGAAACGACUCCAGAGUGGCUCGGAUGGAAGUCAUAGAACUGCCUCACCCCCCUCAGAACCUUCUGGCUACGCUGAACUCUUCCUUCAGCCGCAGCGUGAUCCUCUCCUGGGUGCGUCCCUUUGAUGGAAACAGCCCCGUUCUUCACUACAUCGUCGAACUAUCCGAGAACAAUUCCCCCUGGAAAGUGCAUCUCUCUGACAUUGAUCCAAAGAUGACCACCAUCACUGUGAGUGGACUAACCCCAGCCCGUACCUACCAGUUUAGAGUGUGUGCAGUUAACCAAGUGGGCAGGGGCCAGUACAGCAUAGAAACCAGCAGGUUGAUGCUUCCCGAGGAACCACCAAGUGCCCCACCUAAAAAUAUUGUGGCGAGUGGGAGGACCAAUCAGUCCAUCAUGGUCCAGUGGCAACCCCCUCCUGAAAGCGAACACAAUGGGGUUCUGCAUGGGUACAUCUUACGGUAUCGUCUGGCGGGCCUCCCCGGAGAGUACCAAUACAAGAAUAUCACCAGUGCAGAGAUAAACUACUGUUUGGUCAAAGACCUGAUCAUCUGGACUCAGUAUGAGAUCCAAGUGGCGUCUUACAACGGAGCUGGUCUGGGCGCCUUCAGCAGGGCAGUCACAGAAUAUACGUUGCAAGGAGUGCCUACCGCACCUCCACAGAACGUCCAAGCAGAAGCGGUGAACUCCACCACCAUCCAGUUCUUAUGGAACCCGCCUCCACAGCAGUUCAUCAACGGGAUCAACCAGGGAUACAAGCUCCUGGCCUGGCCAGUCGAUGCACCAGAAACCUUGACCACGGUCACCAUUACUCCCGAUUUUCACGGCGUUCACAGCGGUUACAUCACCAAUCUGAAGAAAUUUACAGCUUACUACACGUCCGUCCUCUGCUUUACCACCCCAGGGGAUGGGCCACAAAGUCCACCACAGCUCCUCUGGACACACGAAGACACUCCAGGAGCAGUGGGACAUCUGAGCUUCACGGAGAUUCUGGACACCUCACUCAAGGUCAGCUGGCAGGAACCCGCCGAGAAAAAUGGCAUCAUUACAGGUUACCAGAUCUCUUGGGAGGUGUAUAGCAGGAACGAAUCACGUCUCGCGCACACACUAGCUAAUACAACCCUUGAGUACAAAAUUACAGGCUUGUCAUCUCUCACCACCUACACAAUAGAGGUAGCUGCAAUGACAGCAAAGGGGACCGGCUUGGUCACUUCGUCUACGAUUUCAUCAGGAGUUCCGCCAGAGCUUCCUGGUGCACCAUCCAAUUUAGUAAUCUCUAACAUCAGCCCUCGCUCCGCCACGCUUCAGUUCCGACCUGGGUAUGAUGGAAAAACAUCUAUCUCUAAUUGGAUAGUAGAGGGCCAGGUUGGUGUGAUAGGAGAGGAGGAAGAGUGGGUGACUUUGUGUGAAGUGGAGAAAGAGUCGGACGCUCAGCUACUGGAGAUCCCAAACCUCACACCUUACACUCAUUACAGGUUCAGGAUGAGGCAGGUGAACAUCGUUGGCCAAAGUCCACUCAGCCAGCCGUCUCGUGUCAUCCAGACGCUGCAGGCGCCGCCCGACGUGGCACCAGGGAGCGUGACGGUGCGGACUGCGAGUGAGACGAGCCUGUGGGUCCGCUGGGUGCCUCUGCCGGACACGCAGUACAAUGGGAACCCCGAGUCAGUCGGCUACAGGAUCAAAUACUGGUCUUUGGACACGCAGUCCCCUGUGCUGACCAAGGUCAUCAGUGACCGGCUGGAGAGAGAGCACACGAUUGAAGAUCUGGAGGAGUGGACAGAGUACGAGCUGCAAAUCCAGGCCUUCAACGCCAUUGGGGCAGGGCCCUGGAGCGAGGUCGUGCGAGGUCGUACCCGCGAGUCAGUUCCUUCGGCUCCCCCAGAAAAUGUGUCAGCUGAAGCGGUGAGCUCCACACAGAUCCUCUUGACCUGGGCAGCGGUGCCUGAAGCUGAGCAGAACGGGCUCAUUCUUGGCUACAAGGUGUUGUUCAGAGCCAAAGAUGCGGAGAGCAAAUUAAGCAGUCAGGUCGUGAGAGGGAACCUCAGCCUUUCCGUCCUUUUAGCCGGCUUGCGGAAGUACGUGCUUUACGAGAUUCAGGUGCUGGCCUUCACGCGCAUCGGGGACGGAGUUCCCAGCUCCCCUCCAGUCCUCGAGCGCACCAAGGAUGAUGCCCCAGGACCCCCGGUGCGGUUGGUGUUUCCUGAGGUGAGGCUGACGUCUGUGCGCAUCGUGUGGCAGCCCCCUGAAGAGCCAAAUGGAAUUCUUCUUGGAUAUCAAAUCGCAUACCGCUUGGCAACCAGCAGCCCGACCAAGUUCACCACGGUGGAAGUUGGCUCCACAGUCAGGCAGUUUGUGGCUACCGAUCUCCUUCCCGAAUCAGCGUACAUCUUCCGAGCCUCUGCCAAGACUCGACAGGGCUGGGGGGAGCCCCUGGAAGCCACCGUCAUCACGACAGAAAAGAGAGAACGGCCAGCUCCUCCCAGGGAAUUGAAAAUCCCCCAAUCGGAAGUGAUGUCCCGAAGUUUACGGCUGCACUGGGUUCCUGGAAGUGACGGGUCUUCUCCAAUACGCUACUUCACUGUGCAAACGAAGGAGCUGCCGGACGGUGACUGGCAAACUUAUUCUUCCUCUGUCAGCCACGAAGCCACCUCCUGUACGAUCGACAGGCUGAACCCCUUCACGUCCUACAAGCUGCGCCUGAAGGCGACCAAUGACGUCGGGGACAGCGACUUCGGGGCUGAGACAGAAGCCGUCACUACGCUGCAAGACGUUCCAGGAGAACCACCCAGUUCGGUGUCCGUGCUGCCUCACACAACGUCCUCUGUUCUCGUGCAGUGGAAGCCUCCAAAAGCCGAGAGCCUGAACGGCCUCCUCUUGGGAUAUCGCAUUUAUUACCGGGAGCUGGAAUACGAAAGCACAGGACCAGGGCCAGAAUCCAAAAUCAUUAAAAACCCAUCAGCUUUACGAGCGGAGCUUACACAGCUGAAAAAAUACAAGAGGUAUGAAGUGGUAAUGACAGCAUACAACAUCGUCGGGGAGAGCCCCGCCAGCGCGCCAGUGGAGGUCUUUGUCGGUGAAGCUGCACCAGCGAUGGCCCCGCAGAACAUCCAGAUCAAUGCACUCUCUGCCAGCCAGCUGGAGGUCACCUGGGACCCCCCUCCGGUGGACAGCCAGAACGGGAUCAUACAGGGCUACAAGGUUUAUUACUGGGAGGAAGGCAGCCAGAAUGAUACCGAGAAAGUGAAAGUCCUCUUCCUGCCGGAGACGAGCAUCCGGCUGAAGAACCUCACCAGUUACUCCAAGUACCUGGCCUGCAUCUCGGCGUUCAAUGCGGCCGGGGACGGGCCGAAGAGCCGACCCGGAGAGGGCAGGACGCACCAGGCAGCCCCGAGCGCCCCCGGCUUCCUGGCGUUCUCUGAAGUUACUUGCUCCACGCUCAACGUGUCCUGGGGGGAGCCGGCUGCAGCCAACGGCAUUCUGCAGGGCUACCGAGUGAUUUACGCGCCUCUGGCCCCAGUCCAAGGGGUGAGCAAAGUGGUGACCGUGGACAUCAAGGGAAACUGGCAGCGGUGGCUGAAAGUCAGGGACCUCACUAAGGGGAUGACCUACUUGUUCCGCGUGCAAGCCAGGACCCUCGCCUAUGGCCCGGAGCUGCAAGCCAACGUCACGGCCGGGCCAGCGGAGGGAUCUCCCGGCUCCCCUCAGCACGUCCUGGUUUCGAAAACCGCCUCCGGACUGACGCUAUACUGGGCCGAGGGAGUUCCAGGAAGCCACCCCACCACUGGCUACAUCAUAGAAACCAGACCGUCAGAUGAAGGCCUGUGGGACCUGUUUGUGAAGGACAUUCCCCGCAGUGCCACGUCCUACACGGUCGGCCUGGACAGGCUGAAGCAGGGCGUGAGCUACGUGUUCCGGGUGGUGGCAGUGAAUGACCUCGGCUAUGGAGAACCCAGCGCGCCGUCCGUCGCAGUGUCAGCUCACACUGAGUCCCCUUUCUAUGAAGAGUGGUGGUUCCUGCUUGUGAUGGCACUGUGCUCCCUUCUGGUCAUACUGCUGGUGGUGUUUGCCCUGAUCUUGCACAGCCAGACCAAGAAAUACCGGAGCUGCAGCUCAGAACCAGGGCAGGGCCUUUGCCUGCGCUCAUUCUGUCGCCGUUUGUCCUCAGGAAAAAGCAUGGCCAACGUGGAGGAAUCUGUCACUUUGGAUAACGGGGGCUUCACGGCCCUGGAGCUCAACAGCCGACACCUCAAUUUCAAAAACACUUUCUCCAAGAAGAAUGGGACGAGAUCGCCCCCUCGCCCCAGCCCUGGGGGGCUGCACUACUCCGAUGAAGACACCUGCAGCAAGUACAACGGAGCUGUGCUGACGGAGAGCGUUGCGCUCAGCGAGAAACCCCUGGACGCUUCGGAAUCGGAAGUGACGGAUUCAGAUUACGAAGACGAGCUGCCCAAGCACUCUUUCGUCAACCACUACAUGAGUGACCCCACGUACUACAACUCAUGGAAACGGCAGCAGAAGGGUACAAAGCACCCGGUGCCGUACAGGUAUGAGGAAUGUGUGGCCAGCGAGACAGAGCCGUACUUCCAGACUGUGAUCACGACACAGAGCUCAGGAGGGGUAUACACCCCAACAGGUCAGCCUGCCCCAGGCUCACGGACUCCAGUCACAGGAUUCUCCUCCUUUGUCUGACGCCAGGAGCAGAGCAGCAUCAGAAGCGUGGUAGCCUGCAGAGUUUGGGGGAACCUCCACCUCUACCACCCAACCAGAUGACUAUAUGCAUAACAAGUGCAGUGAACUGUGGGUAAAAAAUCUCUUAUCAGGGUAGAAUGGAUGUAAAUGUGAAUGUCUAUUUUUUUUUUCAGACAAUCAACUCGUUAAGACACAGAGCUGACCUAGCUGAACUUGCUUUGGUUUUUUUUUUUUCUAAGGAAAACCCACAAAAUGAUCAAAAACUGACAAUUUUAAUCACUUUGGAAUAUGAUUUAAGGGGAUUUUUUAAAUAAUAAAAAAUGCUUUUGUAACGCUGCUUUCGGAAGCAGCCUGCGAUGGGUUUUUUUCCCUUUCCUCGCUCAAGCCAAGGAGAUGCAUCCCCUUCCUGUGGAUUAGCUAGCACUGUUGUAAUGUAAUCGAAGGCAAACCCUCUCUAGUCUCCCCUUCUCCUAUCAACCAGGUUAAUUAGGGAAACGCAAAAGAAGGGGAACAGUUCUCGCCUGCACUUCUCUCUCCCCCUCUGCUGCUUCUGCCUUCCUAGCCCCCGCGAAACCCCUUGCUUCCGUAUCAUGCCUCUCCUGAUGCCCGCACGGGUCACUCCCGGUGGGCUCUGAUCAGCAGCCAUCCCUAUUCCGUUCCCACUGCGCUUGUUGUGCUCCCAAAAGCAUCCUCCUCUCUGGGGUUCCAGACCGCACCGCAGCAAGCAGCUGGCGGAAGAUGCCGGCAAGGCACCACUUGCGCGGCUCCUGUGGGUCCAACUCCUCUUUGUAGCCUGCAUGUGCCAAACGUCCCUUGUAAAUCUCAACGAAACGCAAUCCAGCCAGAAGGCAGUUCCUCUAAAUGAGUGUGUUUAUGGACGGAUAGGGGAGAACGCACGAGAUGGGCAACACUUAUACGGCUUUCAAAGUCAUCCUUCAGCGUAAAAGAAACCAGAACCUUUCCCCUUGUCUUCAACACCAGUCGGAUGCUGUCCUGCAGCGCUGUUAAA